AAAGUGUGUGUGAGUGACAGCAGAGCUGCAGUGGAGACGAGUCUCUGUGUUUCUCUGGAAAGAAACAUUCAACUGAAUCCAGCAGGUUUUUCUCAACAACAAACACUGAGUGUCGAUAUGUCUGCUGCCAGCUGUCUGCUGACUGAACAUCAGUUUCUGUGCUCCAUCUGUCUGGAUGUGUUCACUGAUCCAGUCAGCACACCAUGUGGACACAACUUCUGUAAAACCUGCAUCACGACACACUGGAAUAUUAAUGUCCCCUAUCAGUGUCCAAACUGUAAGAAGGUUUUCUACACCAGACCUGAGCUGCAGGUCAACACUUUCAUCUCUGAGAUGGCUGCUCAGUUCAGACAGUCAGCUCAACAGAAAGCCAGCAGCAGCAGCUCUGAGCAACAAGUUGCCAAACCAGGAGAAGUUCCCUGUGACGUCUGCACUGGAACCAAACUGAAGGCCCUGAAGUCCUGCCUGGUGUGUCUGGUCUCCUACUGUGAGACUCACCUGGAGCGUCAUCUGACAAGUUCAGGACUGAAAAGACAUCAGCUGAUCGACCCUGUGGAGAACCUGGAAGGCAGGAUGUGUCUGAAGCACAAUAAACUGCUGGAGCUGUUCUGUAAGACUGACCAGAUGUGUGUCUGCGUGGUCUGCCCCUAUUUAGACCACAAGACACAUGAUGUUGUUCCUCUGAGAGAAGAAUAUGAAGGAAAGAAGGCCGAGCUGGGGAAGACAGAGGCUGAAAUUCAGCAGAUGAUCCAGAAGAGACGACUGAAGAUUGAGGAGAUCAAACACUCAGUGGCGUUCAGUAAGAAAGAUGCAUACAGAGAGAUAGCAGAUGGUGUUCAGGUCUUCACCGCUCUGAAGGAGUCUGUUAAGAGAAGCCAGGCCGAGCUCAUCGACACGAUCAAAUGGGAGCAGAGAAAGACAGAGAAACAGGCUGAAGGCUUCAUCAAAGAGCUGGAACAGGAAAUCUCUGAGCUGAAGAAGAGGAGCACUGAGGUGGAGCAGCUCUCACGCUCUGAAGACCACCUCCACCUCCUCCAAAGCUUCAGGUCCCUGAACACUGCUCCACCCACCAAGGACUGGACAGAGGUCAGCGUCCGUCCACCUUCAUAUGAGGGGACUGUGAGGAGAGCUGUGAAUCAGCUGGAGGAGAUGCUCAGUAAACAGAUGAAGAAGCUUCUCACUGAGGUUGAGCUGAAGAGGGUCCAGCAGUUUGCAGUGAAUGUGACACUUGAUCCUGAUACAGCACAUCCUGAACUCAUCCUGUCUGCUGAUGGAAAACAAGUUAAACAUGGUGAUGAAAAGAAGAAUCUCCCAAACAAUCCAGAGAGAUUUGAUACUUGUGUUGGUGUCUUAGCAAAGCAGAGUUUCUCUUCAAGAAGAUUUUAUUAUGAGGUUCAGGUUAAAGGGAAGACUGGGUGGGAUUUAGGAGUGGCCAGAGAGUCGAUCAACAGGAAGGGACAGAUCACAGCAGCUCCUCAGAAUGGUUUCUGGAUGAUAUGUUUGAGGAAUGAAAAUGAGUACAAAGCUCUUGCUGACCCUCCAGUCUGUCUCUCUCUGGAGUCUCGGCCUGAGAAGGUGGGGGUGUUUGUGGAUUAUGAGGAGGGUCUGGUCUCCUUUUAUGAUGUUGAUGCUGCAGCUCUUAUCUACUCCUUUACUGGCUGCUCCUUCACUGAGAAACUCUACCCACUCUUGAAUCCAUGUAAUAACGAUGGUGGUAAAAACUCUGCCCCUCUGUCAAUGGUGGAUUGGCCAUCAGGACGUUCGGGACGAGUCCCGAUGGGCCAGUCACCAAGUGGGCCAGUGUGGGCUGGUGUGGGCCGGCCCGGUGGUCAAAGAAAAGAAAAAAGAAAAAAAGACUAGUGAAUGUCAAGCUAGUUGCUAGCUGUCAGUGCUACAAUGCGCAUCCCUCCCAUGUUGUUUGUUUGCUGUGAGAUGUUCAGAGGGAAACGUAGGUGUCAAUCUUAUGUUUUGAUGCUUGAAGGAGGAGAUAAGAGCGGCCUCUUCCAAUACCAAAGAGGCUCUCGUUUUUCUUGAAAUCUGAUUGGCUCAGCCGCAGUCAUCAGUCAUUACUCAUGGCAGACCAGAGGCCUGUACUGUACGCAGCCAGUUCAACUUACCCAGGAUAUCUUCUCACUGUCCGGUUUGACUAACAUUGGCUGUCUGGAUAACCGGUACUACGAAGCUGUUUAUCAACUACUUCAGUCAACUCUGGGUUUUCCUAUCCAGCCACGAGCACGUUCAUGUGAAAGAGGCGGGGUUGUUAAUUGCGAGCGUCAUCAUCAGAACCAUGAAUGAAGUAGGCUGCUUCAAGUGGGCUACUUAAGGAGGUCUUACCUUUAGUUAACACUCACAUAUUAGAUAUGAUCAAUAUAUCCUUAUUAACAGGCUAUGUACCACAGUCUUUUAAGGUAGCUGUAAUUAAACCUCUCCUAAAAAAAGCACACCCUGGAUCCAGAGGUGUUAGCCAACUAUAGACCAAUAUCUAAUCUUCCCUUUAUGUCAAAGAUCCUUGAGAAAGUAGUCGCAGACCAGCUGUGUGAUUUUCUCCACGAUAAUAAUUUAUUUGAGGAAUUUCAGUCAGGAUUUAGAGUGCAUCAUAGCACUGAGACAGCACUAGUUAAAAUUACAAAUGACCUUCUGAUUGCUUCAGACAAAGGACUCGUCUCUGUACUUGUUUUAUUAGAUCUUAGUGCAGCGUUUGACACAAUUGACCAUCAAAUUCUACUGCAGAGACUGGAUCACUUAAUUGGCCUAAAAGGUUCUGUACUGAGCUGGUUUAAAUCUUAUUUAUCUGAUCAUUUUCAGUUUGUUCACGUUCAUAAUGAAUCGUCCUUACGUACCAAAGUUUGUUUUGGAGUUCCGCAAGGUUCUGUGCUCGGACCAAUCCUAUUUACUCUAUAUAUGCUUCCUUUAGGUAACAUCAUUAGAAAUCACUCUAUAAAUUUCCAUUGUUAUGCGGAUGAUACUCAGUUGUAUUUAUCAAUGAAGCCAGAAGAAAGCAAUCAAUUAACUAAACUCCAUAACUGCCUUAAAGACAUAAAAACCUGGAUGAGCACCAAUUUCCUGAUGUUAAAUUCAGACAAAACUGAAGUUAUUGUUCUUGGCCCCAAACAACUCAGAGACUCUUUAUCUGAUGACAUAGUUUCUCUAGAUGGCAUUGUUCUGGCCUCUAGCACUACCGUAAGAGACCUCGGAGUGAUAUUUGAUCAAGAUUUGUCUUUUAAUUCUCAUUUAAAACAAACCUCACGGACUGCAUUUUUUCGUCUGCGUAAUAUUGUGAAAAUUAGGCCUAUCCUGACCUGAAAAGAUGCAGAAAAAUUGGUCCACGCUUUUGUUACCUCAAGGCUGGAUUACUGUAACUCUCUAUUAUCAGGUAGCUCUAGUAAGUCCUUAAAAACUCUCCAGCUAAUGCAGAGUGCAGCAGCAAGUAUACUAACAGGAACUAAGAAACAAGAUCAUAUUUCUCCUGUUUUAGCUUCUCUGCACUGGCUCCCUGUAAAAUCCAGAAUUGAAUUUAAAAUCCUACUGUUAACUUAUAAAGCUCUAAAUGGUCAGGCUCCGUCAUAUCUUAGAGAGCUCAUAGUGCCAUAUUAUCCCACCAGAACACUGCGCUCUGAGAACGCAGGGUUACUCGUGGUCCCUAAAGUCUCCAAAAGUAGAUCAGGAGCCAGAGCCUUCAGCUAUCAGGCUCCUCUCCUGUGGAAUCAUCUUCCUGUUGCGGUCCGAUUACUGAUUAUUGAUUAUUGUCACACAUGUAUACUAUCAGAUAUUAAUAUAUACUUUCAACAUAUUGUACCACAGUAUCCAGAACUAUAAUUAUAAUAUUAUUACUUUCAUUAAUGUUGUUGUAAGCUACUGUCAUUAUCAUCUGUGCUGCAUCUCUCUCUCUGUCUUUGUCUCUCUCUCUCUCUCUCUCUCUCUCUGUCUCAUUGUGUCAUGUGGAUUACUGUUAAUUUAUUAUGUUGAUCUGUUCUGUACGACAUCUAUUGCACGUCUGUCCGUCCUGGAAGAGGGAUCCCUCCUCAGUUGCUCUUCCUGAGGUUUCUACCAUUUUAUUGCCCCGUUAAAGGGUUUUUUUGGGGAGUUUUUCCUGAUCAGCUGUGAGGGUCCAAAGGACAGAGGGAUGUUGUAUGCUGUAAAGCCCUGUGAGGCAAAUUGUGAUUUGUGAUAUUGGGCUUUAUAAAUAAAAUUGAUUGAAUUGAA